UCCGCACAUUGCAGAAUACCAUUGAUUUGGGAGCGGGAGCCAAAGAGAAAACGGGAUCAAAGUUCGUGGACAUGCUGCGGCAAUCAGGUUCGCAGUGAAAAGUCGGGGGGAAAAAAAACUUCGGCCGUGUUCUGUGGACAGAAGAAUGAAGCAACCGGGAACUUUUUUCAGGUCUGGAGGAGUCGUACCCCCGUGAUUGUGUGCGUUCAUGUGGGGUUCAGGGAGGGUUGGUUGCAAGACAAGACCAAUCAUUUGUCUUGAUUCUCUGGGCUGAGAGCAGGCAAACUGGGGGGGACGGGACGAGCAAAACCCUCUAUCAACACCUGAUCUAUUUCCCCAAACAAUUUAGUGUAUUCAUGAGGUUACGCAAAUGUGGAGGCAGCAAAACUACCGUAAUCAAUUGAAACAGCGAGUGCAUCCAUGCCUCUGAUUAUUUGGAGAUCAUCUAUCAGCCUGGUGUCUAUGUAACGAGGAAAGGGGGGGCACUGAAUUACUGUUGAGUUUCAUUGAGAAGUCCAUGAUCAUUGGGCAACGGAGUUUGGUCAGUGAUAAUAGGGCUCCUUGGUUGAGCGACGGAACUAUUUCAGCAAACAUUAGAUAGCUGACUCUGCCUUGCUGAAAGGUACUGUUUUGAAACUAAAACCCACACUGUCCAGACCAUCUGGUGCGCCGUCUUCUGCGUAAUCUCUUUUUUGUCACCUGACAAAGGAAAAAAAGAGGCGGACAAGCUGCAGGUCCAAGAGGAUAAACUGAGCAUGGAGGUCAGGUACAACCAAGAGACGGAUGCGAUGGGGCUGAAGAAUGGACUAAAGAAGGCGAAAGAUGACAAGGAGUCCCAGGGCAGCUUGUCCAAAAGCUUCCUCAAGGAGCAGCAGGACUCCUUCUCCCCCUCUGGGACCGUGGACAACUGCGAGAAAAACAGGGGGAGCACGGGGGACCCGGACUACUGUCGGAGAAUACUAGUCCGAGAUGCUAAAGGAUCUAUCCGAGAGAUAAUCCUGCCGAAGGGUUUGGAUCUAGAUCGACCCAAGCGAACACGCACCUCCUUCACCGCAGAGCAACUUUACCGGCUGGAGAUGGAGUUUCAGAGAUGUCAGUACGUGGUGGGGAGGGAACGGACAGAACUGGCCCGUCAGCUCAAUCUUUCUGAAACCCAGGUUAAAGUCUGGUUCCAGAACCGGCGCACUAAGCAGAAGAAAGACCAGGGGAAGGACUCUGAACUGCGUUCUGUGGUGUCAGAAACAGCAGCGACCUGCAGCGUGCUCAGACUGCUGGAGCAGGGUCGGCUGCUGACUCCCCCAGGCCUGCCGGGCCUUCUGCCCCACUGCGGCAGCGGCACACUGGGCUCUGCCCUGCGCCCUCACUCUAUGGCCAUGGCCAACAACGGCAGCAGUAGCAGCAGCAGCGGAAGCACUGGCACGGCAGGUGGCAGCCCUCCUUUGCCAGUCGUAACCAGCUCAGGGACUGUGUCAGGCCUGCAGAGCACGGCGGCGGCUCAUGGCCUCUUCAGUUUCCCCAUGCCAUCCUUACUUAGCGGCGUCGCCACCCGCAUUUCCUCCAACCCACUGUCCAUGGCAGGCUCCCUGGCUGGAAACCUGCAGGAACUCUCCGCCCGCUACCUGAGCUCCUCUGCCUUCGAGCCUUACUCGCGGACCAAUGGCAAAGAAUCCAUGGACAAGAAAAUUCUGGAAUGAUGCCUUUUUUUCAUAAAUGGAAAACUGUUUCUUCAAGACAUAUUUUGGUUAAAUUCUUGGCUUUUUCUGUCUUUGUUCUGCCCGUUCUCUGUCAUCAUGUUUGUGUCAUGUUCUGUAGCAGUUCAUGUAUUCUGGUUGCACAUCUGGCGCCUUGUACAAGGAAGAAAACAAAGACCUACAAAAGCUCAUCUAACAAAGACAGGGGUGUGUGUGUGUGUGUGUGUGUGUAUGUCUGGCUGUGUGUGUUGUGUUGGUUGUGGGGGUUGAAAAGAUUUUGCACAAAAUGUUCAUAUAGGAUUUUUUUUUACAGAAAGACAUUUUGAGGAGAUUUUCAGGUUUCUGUUAAACAAAUGUUAAGUCUUAUGGAUUCCUCCAAAUAAGAAAUAUACACAGGGGUUCAGAGAAUAUGGCCGCCUCAUACCACAAGAGCUCUAUCACUAUGAGUACACAUAGGAGGAAGUAUAAGAUCGAUGACAGAAAGUGUGAAGUGAUGUUGCCUUUCUGAAUUGUGUUUAAUGAUUUGAUUGUUUUUAUAAGAUGACUGUCCCUGCAGUGAGUAGAUUUAGAGGACGGGACAUUUUUGUCAGACAACUGAGCAGCACUUCAUAGGAUCCAAUCAGCAAAAACCCCCCUGAAUAUAAAAAUAAAAUAAAAAUGCAGUAUUAUGAAUGGACAAGCACGGCCGAUUUCUCAACAUAGAACUAGGGCAGAAAAAAAGAAGUGCAUCAGUUUUAAAGGUCACUACAAGGUCCGUGUCAGCACCAAACCCAGUACAUGACGUGUGAAUGCAAUUUGCUUAUUAUUUCCCUUGCAGAUUCUCCUUUGUGUAACCAUCUGUACUACAUUUGGAGCAAACCAAAAGAUAAUCCAGGUGCAGAAGGUGUUGUCACAGUAUGAUGGUUUUAUUGUUCAGUGUUGUUUUCUUUAUGGUUCGGUGGGGAUUUUUUCCCAUUUUGCAGCAAAACUCUUCACUUUGUGGCAUUCAUUUUGUCCUCAAGAUGUAGUACCUGACAUUUUUUUUUUUUUUAUCGUCUGUGAUUUUUAUAUCACUGUGAGUUCUCAGAGUUUUAGCGUAUACAGUUUUUUAUUCCAUGUCGGAGCACCGUGCUGAAAUUGCUUAAAGAGGCGGAAGUUUGUAAGCUUUUCAGCAUUACUAAACUGUUUUCUUUGUCAGACGCUGCAAGGUAAAAGGCUUUCAGUUAAUAAGACAAUAAAACAAGCUCUCCUCCUGUGUGACGUUAUCAGAAUUGGGCGACCUUCAUAAAAGAUGUAGGCAGACGGAUGCAUGUGGAGACUGAAUGGAAUUAUUGUAGUAUAAAAGUACUGGAAUUGAAAAAUGUACCUUUAAAUUGUUAUUUUAUUGUAAAUUAUUUACUUAUGUAAUUAAUAGAUUAUUAGUAUAUCUGGAAAAUAAUGAAUGAAUGAAUGUAUUAGCGGGGUUGAGGAAUCAAUCAAAAGCUCUUUGGUGCUGUUGUUGUGAAAUAUCUUGAAAUUUGUGAAACGUGUGGUACAAAUGUGCAUAUAUAUGAUGUAUAUGGCUACAGACAAAGACAAGUGUGUUUUUCAUUUCCU